AUGCUCACUAAGGACAUUAUGAAGGAGCAUCAAGCGCAGUACGACGAGCAGGAGCACCUCAGUUCCCCCACCAACGGAAUCCUCGCCAACAAGGACAGUGUCUUGUCUCACUACGAUUCAGCUCAGACUCUCAGCAUGGCCCAAGAUUCAUCUUUGACACCUGGUGACAGUACUCUUGCCUCUCCAAGCCCGGAUGCGCGCAGCGAUGACCUUGAGCGAUCACAAGAGCGAUUCGAUACUCAGAAGCACAAGUACAACGUCAGCGUCCACGUCCAGAUCUCGGGGAGCACCUGCCUGGUGGCUCCUUCUGCAUCGUCACUGGAACCAUCUCGUGCCUCUGUGGAUCGCAUUAAGCCUACUUUGCAUACUGGUGCUUCUGGUGGCUGUACCGGUUGA